GGAGGAGGAGGAGUGCCUGCAGCCUGGCCCCGGCCGGCAGUGGAGGAGGGCAGCUCGGAGAGGUCGGGAGGAGGGCCAGGUGAGCGGGCGCCAAGGAUGCCCCGGGCCGGAGGAGCUCCGUAGGCAGGCAAGGGGCGCGGCGGGACCUGCUGGCUGCUCCUCCCCUGGAGGCUGCGCCUGCUGCCCUGCCGGGGGCGGGUCGGGGGCAGUGGAGCUCUCGGCAUGUCGCAAGGGCUCCCGGCCACCGGCAGCGUCCUGCAGAGGAGCGUCUCUGCCCGCGGGAAUCAGCAACAGCCGCAGAGCCCUGAGGAUGAUGACCGGAAGGUUCGGAGGAGGGAAAAAAACAGAGUUGCUGCUCAAAGAAGUCGGAAGAAGCAGACCCAAAAGGCUGAUAAACUUCAUGAGGAAUAUGAGUGUUUGGAACAAGAAAACACUUCCCUUCGGAGAGAGAUUGGGAAGCUGACAGAAGAGCUGAAGCAUUUGAGUGACAUGCUAAAGGACCAUGAAAAGAUGUGUCCCCUGCUCCACUGCUCAAUGAACUUUGUACCUGUGGCUCGGCCUGACCCCAUUACCAACUGCCUGCCCAGAUGAGGCUCAAGAUUGGUCCUUGCCACAGGCUGCGGAAGGGAAGGAAGCCUGGUUGUUUUCAGCCAGGAUGAGAAGUUUUCCAAUUUAUGCCUUCAUGGACAAGACUCUGUGACCAGAACUCUUUGCCUGUGAGGUGGUGGUGAACCCCUGAAUUGUCUCCAAAAGCUCUGAACACUUAAGUGGAUCAGAUCUUUAGUUCCACUUUUUAUCUGUUUUGGCAGUUAGUGGCUUUCAGCUCUCACUCAAGUAUUUGAUGACUUUCCCCCAUUCUCUAGAAUUUGGUUAAUAAAAAUGAUUCUUAUCUCUUCCUCAGCAUCUCAUUUCUCUAGUCUUCUAACCCCCAGAGAAUGUGACUUAUUUGUGUUUGGGUU